AUGCUCCGUUCACUGGUAUCCAGUGUGACGACGGGUCCGACUCCAGAAUGGGCCGGGAGAAUUCUAAUGGCCUUCAGUGGACAUAUCAGUCAGCAGAGAGGUCGCAGAAGAACAUUGACCCCAGCUCCAUGGCUUCCGCCAGUCAAAGAGAGUGUGCCGAAAAGCAGUGUGGGUAUUAGCCAGGGGACAAAAAAUCUGCUUGAAACCGUAAUUGAGAAAGAAACUCUUGCGGCGUCCACCAUUGCAUUUCAAAAUUCUCAAGAAACCAAUGUCUCAGUUGUUGACAUUCCAGAUUCAUCAAGACGUGUGGGUCUGGUUGUCCGCAAAAUCGGAAUGCUCCCACAAUGGACAAAUGAAGGAAACCGAAUUCUGUGCACUGUGCUUGAAGUUGAUGAAAAUCAUGUUGUCAGUAUUACAUCACCAGAGGCUUGGUAUAAAUCGUCAGCCGUCGGAAAAAGAAAGGCUUUCAAUCGUCACGGUCCUAUGUGGAGAGUUACAGUGGGUGCCGGAAAUGAUGAUCCAACAAAAUACACGCUUGGGUACCGUAGGCAAUUUGUUCGCGCAGGAAUUCCAGUGAAAGAGAAACUCGGAUGUUUCCUGGUAACAGAAGACGCUCUCCCCAGUGCUGGACAGCCACUUGAUGCCCGUCACUUCGGAGUUGGUCAAUAUGUAACUGCUACUGGAAAAACUAUUGACUGGGGAUUCCAGGGUGGAAUGCAUCGAUGGGGAAUGCGUGGACAACCGACAAGACGUACCACAAAAUCACAUCGUAGAAUUGGUUCCGUUGGUUCAGUCGGCGAUGCUCGAAUUUGGCCAGGAAAACGUAUGCCGGGACAUAUGGGUUAUGAGUGGAGGACUGUUUCUGGUUUGGAAAUUGUUCGAAUCAAUGUAGAUAAACAAGUAAUUUAUGUGAAAGGAAGUGUACCUGGUGAUAUUGGAGAAACAAUUCUACUUAAAGAUUGCUUACAAGAAGAAAAACGUCUGAAAUCCGGCCCAAUGCCAACAUGGGCUCCAUCACUAGAAACCAUCGAAGAAGAACCGGAGACAGAACCCGAAGAAGGCACAAUUCCCAAAAAUCUUCUUUUCAACGAAAAAUUCUCGCCCAAACUGUUCCGUUUCACAUCUCCAUCCAUUUUAUUCACUGAUGCCGACGCCAAGAAGGCCACUGGAAGAGAUAAAACGAAAGCUAAGAUUGCAAAAGUUAAAAAGUAAUGGUGUAUCUAAUUUUAUGAUAUAUUACGGUUUUCCUUUAUCGUUUUUUGUCGAAAUUCGGUUUAUUAGAAUUUUUGUUCCGUAGAUUUAUAGAUUUUUCAUUGUUUUGCAUUGUUUUUGUUUGUUCUGAAUACCAAAAAGCAGAGUUUAU